CGUAACGGGUCAACACGGAAAAAGUCACACAAAACAGCUGGAGAGUUCUGUGACAUUGGACUGCACAUUUGUCGAUAAGAAGCAGAGCAGAAUGGCCACGUCCUGGGUGGGUAGUGUUGUGUCUAUAAACUGUGGACCGACUUUGGGGGUCUAUCAGGGAGAAGUGUCCUCUGUGGAUCAGACCAGCCAGACCAUCUCCCUAAGACAGCCCUACCACAACGGGCUCAGGUGUCCUGUUCCUGAGGUCACUGUCAGUGCCAUGGAUAUUAAAGAAUUGAAGUUCGUAGAUAUCCAGAAUGCUGUCACAAAGUCCACGUCUGGUCAGAGAACUGCAACAGAAGUCACUUCUCUACACACAGGACGACAAAAUAAUAGGAGCUCCCUCCCAUCAUUUCCAAGCAGCAGCUCCAAUCCUGGCACAGCGCCAAUCACCAUCCUACGUAGAGUGCCUACAGGGUCUUCUAACAGCAGGGGAGGGACACAAGCCACACACAGGAAGAACAGUGUGAGGAACGGAGGUGCUGGAUGGACAAUGAGGCCAAAAGAUGACGAGUGCUUUGGAGAUGGCACUGAUGAGGACUUGGAUACAGACUUUGAUUUUGAGGGAAACCUUGCUUUGUUUGACAAGGCUGCCGUCUUCUCCCAAAUUGAAGAGAAAAAUGGCAACAGCAACAGGGCACAUCAUCACAAUUCACAUGCAGAACAGAAGCACCCGUCCUAUCGCCACGAUGAGAAUAUUCUGGAGUCCAAACCUGUCACAUACCGACAGAUCACUGUACCCCAGCAUAGGGGCAAAGAGUACUGUACUGACUCAGGGCUGGUGGUUCCCAGCAUUCCCUAUGAGCUUCACAAACACCUGCUGGCUGCCGCCGAGCGCUGGGGCCUGUCUCUUGAGCGCAGGCUGGAAAUGAUAGGUGUUUGUUCCACUCAGAUGGCUCUCACUCUCCUGGGCGGACCAAACAGACUCACCCCAAAAAACAUCCACCAGAGGCCCACUGUGGCCCUUUUGUGUGGGCCCCAUGUCCAAGGAGCACAAGGCAUCAGCUGUGGCCGACACUUAGCCAACCAUGACGUGGAGGUUAUCCUCUUUCUUCCCAAUUUUGUCAAGAUGCAUGAAUCGGUCAUUAGUGAGAUCAACCUCUUCUCCAGGACCAGUGGCAAGCAGGUGUCUAAUGUCAGAGACCUGCCUAUGAGCCCCAUCGACCUGGUCAUCAACUGCCUGGACUGCCAUGAGAACCUACUGCUGAGGGAGCAGCCCUGGUACCGGUCAGCUGCCGACUGGGCCAACCAGAACCGGGCUCCAGUCCUAAGUAUCGACCCCCCAGUCAGUGAACAGGAUCAGACCGUCGAGGCAAAGUGGACUCUGUCUUUGGGUCUUCCUCUGCCUUUGGUGGAGAGAGAGAGCAGACUUUACCUGUGUGACAUUGGCAUCCCCAAUUUGGUUUUUCAGGAAGUUGGAAUCAGCUACCAUUCGCCCUUCGGAUGUAAAUUUGUCGUCCCUCUGCACCCGGUAUAAAAGAGUAUCUACUGACUUCUCUUGUACUGGGUAGAUGGAUUGAAUGUUCUGUUUAGUAUGCCUUUGUGUAGCAAUAACUUAAGAGCAUCCAUAUGACCAAAACAAUAUGUUACAAGUCCAUGCUAUGUUGGGAAACAUUGUCUGACCAUGCAUAUGUUGAUGGUUUCCCUCUUACCUACUGGAAACUCCCAGGGGUUCUCUUCAGUUGCGUGUGACACCUCUUGUUUUCUAGAGGGAAAGGUUUCCUGUUCAUUGGUGUGUUUUGAUAAGGGCUCUGCCACGGUGCGAAUAUGUUUACAAAACGCUGACCACUAUGGGCCUAUCUGCGACCCCUGACUCUGUGGUCAGUCACAGCACCAGAGACACAGUUCCUGUUUCCUCCUUUAGAUUACAUGUGGAAUCUGGUCUGGACCCCUCGACCCAGAGCACAGCUUAGUCUAAAACUUGCUGCCAACCCAAAUUUGCCAUUCAUCCUUAAUGUUUAUUUUUGAUUAAUGCAGUUUUUUUUUGUUUUUUUUUAUUCAAACAUGUUUAAUAGUUGAUGUAGCAUGUGACACUUACAAGGUGAUAUUGCACAGAAUUUAUAUUUGUAGCAGUUUUUAAUACAUCUCAGGAAUAAUGUGUAAAAAUUGAGCUACUUUAUUUUUUACAUUGUUGUACUCUUUAUAUGAUGGUGUUUUAUUUGUAACUGACACUAAAAAUUAAAGAUUAUCAAAAGAACAUUGUUAUGCAUUUCUGAAAGCCUGCAGAUUGACAGAACCUUGAUGACCUUGAUAAAAAAAUAUGCAGUAUUAGACUAAUUUCCAGUACGUUAUGUGUGGCAUAAUGAUGUUAUUUGAACUCUUAACUUCCUCUGUCUUGUCUAAGCUUGGGGUCAACAAAAUGUCAACUAUAAAACGUGAAGAAACUUUUUUUUUUUUAAGACUGGCAACUAUGUUCUAUUGCAGGAAAUACAGUUUUACUAGAAACAUCCACCCCAUAAGGUUACAAGAUGUUUACUAAUUGAAACUGAUUUCAAAUCCAUGUUGUGCAUUUAAUGGUUAUGUAAUUUUCAAUAGUGGUCCCAAAACACAUUUAAGUUUACAUUUUUGUCCUUGUAUGUGUUAUCAAAGAUUUUGAAAGUCAGUGGCAGUAUCCAUUGUGCAAAAAAAAGUGUAAGAUGGGGAGAGAUUACCAUGAAAAGUUUCUUUUACAGCAGCCCUUUUGAAGAAAUCUGAGAUUGUGAUUUUUAUUUCCCAAGAGCUAAAAAGGAUAAAGAUAUGCAAUAAAGAUAUGGAAAAUGAUUUCUGUGUGCUAAACUGAGAGAUGCGUUCUUGAAAAUAAAAGUUAUUUCAACAUUU